AUGGAAGAAGCUCGACACCGUCGUAGGCAGUCAAUGCCCACUGUAUUUCCUACUCCGCUCACCCGGGCGAUCAGUGCUGAUCAACUCAAUAGCACCCCUCCCCAAUACCCAUCCGGCUACGGUUAUUCUGAACCAGUAACUCCGCCAUGUUCCGCUUCUCAACAUCAAAGUGUACUUUUUCCCAAUAUCAAAUCUCAAUUACAGCAGCCCAAUUCGGCAAUAGCUGGAACUCCGAUUUUCCAGUUGCCCGAAGACAUGCUGGCCACCGUGCCUACCCCCGCAGGUAGCACAUCGGAUCAUGGCUAUGCUGCCCCAUACACACACGGUUAUAAUCGCAGUGCAGUGGUGGCGCCCUACAAGAGCCAUACAAGAUCGUAUUCUUACUCCCCAGACGAUGUCGCUACAGCUAUGGGCCGAGUCUCCAUUGACGGAAAUGCAUUGUCGUCCCCUUUUAAUAACGCAUUGUCCUCAUCUGCACCAUCAUACCGACCUCGAGCAUUGUCCUCAGGUGUAUUUGAUUUCCUAGAGACUUAUGAUAGCUGGAAUCGGCCACUACUUCAACAGCCCGCCUCGUCGCAAGCUGCAAUGCAGGCACCGAUGCAGCCCAGGCCCCCAUUGCCCACUCGAUCAUCCCAAGCAUCAUUAUUAUCCGUUUCGUCCGCAUCAUCGUCGAAUGUGGGUAAUGGCCACUACCUUGCAUCCCCAUUCUCCUUGAGCCGUUCUUCGACUCAGAUCUUCUCCCAACCUUUGUCGUCCUCGGUUGGACCAAUUGGCCAAGAAGCUAAUUACAACUUCCCAGCGCCUCCCCAGCCGAUGACCUCUGAACUUCAUCGUGAGCCGCUUCAAGUGAAUACCAGUGUUGGAGCUCCUGAAACUUCGCCCACCACUCCACCGAGAGUAGAUGAUGCAGACGAAUUGGGCGCCCUAUCUCGCGAAAAUAUGAACGGUUUCUUGAAAAGGCGAUCGUCCGCAGAUUCCAUGUCCCGUGGUGGUAAGGCUAUGACAUCUCCUAGCACCAAGACCAAGUCUCCUAUUCGACAGGCAAGUAGCAACUCUACAAACGGAAGUGGAAGCACCGCCGGAAAGCUGCAAGACAAGAAGCAAAUUGAAUCGCUCUCCCUGUCCGAGAUUUAUGCGUUGUGCCGGGACCAGCGUGGAUGCAGGCUCCUGCAGCGAAGACUUCAAGAGAAUAAUCCUGCUCUGGUGACCAAGAUUUUCGAGGCUACUUACAAGCACAUGGUGUCUUUGAUGUCUGAUCCGUUUGGGAACUAUUUCUGCCAGAAGUUAGUUGAAUAUUGCAGCGAGUCUCAGCUGACGUCAAUACUUGAGAUCAUUGCGCCUAGCAUGAAAGCCACCGCCUUAAAUCAGCAUGGCACAAGGGCUCUGCAACGCACGAUUGAGGUUCUCAAGCUGCCCGUUCAAGUCCAGCUAGUAGUCAAUGCGCUCGAUGGUUCUGUUGUCGAGCUCAUCCGCGAUCUCAAUGGCAACCAUGUUAUUCAAAAGAUUUUGCUUGAGUUCGACGAAAGUGGUUCUCAAUUCAUAUACAAUGCCGUGUGCCGAAACAUCAUAGAUGUGGGCAGCCAUCGCCAUGGAUGCUGUGUUCUUCAACGGUGCAUCGACUAUGCAAGCCCUACAAAUCGUCACCUGCUUGUCUCCAACAUUGUUGCGAACACUCGCACAUUGGUUUGUGACCCGUUCGGAAACUAUGUUUGCCAGUACGUUAUUGCAUUGAAUACCCCAGAAUACACUAACGCGCUUGGUGAGCAGAUGCUGGGGUCGAUCGCAGAGCUAUCGGUUCAGAAGUUCUCGUCGAAUGUAGUGGAGAAGUGUCUCCGCGCGGCGUCACCGGAGCUAGCCGAGAAGUUUGUUCACGAACUCAUCCAAUCGCGAACAUUGCAUACUCUUCUUUUGGACUCUUAUGGAAACUACGUCAUUCAGACAGCUCUUGAUUCGUGUGAUGGAGAAUCUCGGGAAAUGCUUGUGGAAACCGUUCAAACAGCACUCAAAAACACCCGCUCACCUUAUGGUCGUCGAAUCAUGUCCAAGCUCAAAGAAUGA